AUAUGUUUUCUUUUGAUUAGUCCCACCAAAAUAUGUUUUAUUAAUAAGAUGGUCAAUGGAACAGGUGGCGUACUUUAAAUUAUUAUAAAAAAAAACAUGACAAGAGUGUAUUUGGUAUCUAUUUUCACAUGUAUUGUAAUUAGAGUGAUUACCAGUUCUAUUUUUAGAAAGUUUUUCUCUGAAAAGUAUUCAUGUCAUGUCAUGUUUCAACAGUUCAGUUAGAAAUUUACUAUUUUUAAAACUUAUUACUUGGAAGGAAUUCUUACAAAAUGUUUUGUUUGUCCCAGUUCGUGUUAUGACACCUUUGAGUACAAAUCAAUAGAUUAAAAAAUAUUUCCUUAUUUUACACAGGGAACAUCUCCAUUAAAGAAAAAUUACAAGUGGAUUAUCUGACAAUUUCUAAACAGAUUCUAUACAACUAAACACUACAUAUUUGGAUAACCAAAUAAACUUUUAAAAGGACAUAGUGAUAUUGCAGAUAAGUGUGAUUUAUACAGAUAAUUUUUUUAAUAUAGCAACAGGAAGUAUGAGAUUUUAAAGUGAAACAGGAACUUUUCUAAACUCCUGAAUUAUCUUAAUGUAUAUCUAGGAGUGAAAAAAAUAUGUAAACAUAUCUUUUUGUAUAAGAGAUAGAUCAAGUCGACACUGGGAAAAAAUACUUUAGUUUCAUCACUUAAUAAAAUUUUGUGCAGGAUGUCUGACAGAUUAUCCACAGCUGAGGAAACAAGAUAAUUAAAAUGACACGAUAUCCAGCCACACCAAACACUGAUGGAUUCUAAUCAAAGGAAAAACUUUAAUGGAGUGUUGUCACACAACAGAAUCUGAAUAUCUAAGACUUUGACAAAAUGAUGAACUGUUCGUCAGUUACAAACUGUGAUACUGAAGAGGAAUAUAGACAUCUUCCUACAAUUGUUUUUCUGGCAAUUAUUAUGCUAUUUUUCAUAUUCUUUUCUGUUUUUGGCAAUAUUCUGGUUGUUUUGGCAGUGUUAAAAACACCAUCUUUAAGAGAGGAAAAGUCAAACUAUUUAGUUAUCAAUCUGGCAGUAACGGACAUGUUAAAUGGAUCCACCGUCAUGUUUUCCACGUUUGUUGCUCUAACGACAGAUACUCGUACUGUUCCCUAUUCUCUAUGUAAUCUAAUGUGUGCUGCAAACUAUUGUUUUAUCAUAUCAUCAAUGAUGACAUUGUGUUUCAUCAGUGUAGACCGUCUAUAUGCUGUGGUUUUUCCGUUAAAAUAUUUAGAUCUUAUAACAGGCAAGACUUUAGCAAUACUUAUAGCCGAAUCUUGGAUACAAGGAAUAAUAUUCUCAAUGGUACCAAUAAUAGAAGAUUGGAUAGAGUAUGACUACUAUGAAAUAACUUGUGCCAUACAGUGGCACAAAAAAGGAGAUGAUGCAAUUUACUAUGUUGUUGUAGCAUUUAUUGUGUGUUUUUUAGGACCAGGCCUUGUACUUGGAUUUAAUUAUAUAAAAAUAUUAAGAGAAGCAAAAAAGAAAAUGAAAAUAUGGGCAGUCACCUUACAGACAUCAAAAAAUAACUCAGUGAAGAAGAAAGUUAAGAAAGAAAGUGCCAGUGCUAAAACUGUAAGGAGUUUAUUAAUUGUAGUCUGUGCUUAUUUCAUAUGUAUGACUCCAUUCAGUGUAACAAAACUGAUCAAAGUAUCAUCUUCAAGAGAUAUUGUAUCAGGCCCAGUCAAUUCAACAGCAAGCUUGUUUGCCUUCGCCUCUAGUGUUGUAAAUCCGAUGAUCUAUGGGAUAUUUAGACGAGAUUUCAGAAGAGCUUUCCAACUCAUUAUACGCAAAAGACAGUCUGAAAAUAGUGUAAAUAGACCAUGUAGGACUUCACUUGCAAUAGAUCAAUCAACCACUACAUGAUAAAUUAUGUUUUUAUUGUACAUGUAUCUAGCAUUCUGUGAUUGUCAAUAUAUUUUACCAGUAAAAUCCAAUUAAAAAAAAAAAAAAUAAAUUGUGAUAA